AUGACUUUGCGAUGUCUCUCCUCGUCGCCAGAUUCGACCACGCUUCAUCGAAAAUUAUUCAAUGGCUGUGUAGAACCCGAAGUUAUUGUGCGAAACGUAGACUUCUUCUCAGCCACACCAUCCACUGCGCCCUUGUUCAUCGUCGGUCUCUUUGCCAUUGGAAUGAAGUUUGAGGUAGGUGCUUCACAAGCUUCCCUCAUCCACGAGUUACCACUUCAGCCUAUUUAG